AUUACGGCAGUGCGUCCGCGUCCGCGUCCUCGACACGCUUGGAGAGCCACGGGACGCUGGCCGCGCUCAAUCCCGACAGUAGAUGGCAGCAGCCCAAGAAAGCUGAUCCUGUCCGGUUCACCACUGCUCUGCCUUUCAGUUGUGCAGCAGCACUCGGACUGGAGGCAGCGGUGGUUUGAGGGACGUCCAAUGAAACAGAAGAGCCGCCAGCUGCUCCUUUCGACUUUUAAGCGCAGCCUGUCCUCCGCACCCGGAGACAGCACGUUCUGAAACCACCAUGGAAGACAAAUCCAAUUCGUUCUCGAGCAACAAAGAGGAGAAAGCGGAUGGGAAUAAUGUGUUCCAGAGGCAAGACUCGAUCUUGAAGAACAGCAUGGGGAGCCAGAACAUGAAAGAACACAGCAACUCAGUGGGUGCAAAGGGGGACCGGGAAGAAGCCAUGGUCGGGUUUGAUGAUAUGGACGCCGCGUCCAGGCAAUCCGGGUUUAUGCAGCGGCAAUUUGGAGCCAUGAUGCAGCCCGGGGUGAAUAAGUUCUCCUUGCGGAUGUUCGGGAGUCAGAAAGCCGUGGAGAAAGAGCAGGAGAGAGUGCAGACGGCUGGAUAUUGGAUCAUUCACCCCUAUAGUGAUUUUAGGUUCUACUGGGACUUGAUAAUGCUCAUCAUGAUGAUGGGGAAUCUAAUUAUCAUUCCUGUGGGAAUUACCUUCUUUUCCGAGCAAACUACCACUAGCUGGCUCAUCUUCAAUGUGGCCUCGGACACCAUCUUCCUGGUGGAUCUGGUCAUGAACUUCAGAACUGGAAUUGUGAACGAGGAGAGCUCGGAGAUAAUCCUGGACCCAAAGGUCAUUAAGAUGAACUACCUGAAGAGUUGGUUCGUGGUAGACUUCCUGUCCUCCAUCCCGGUGGAUUAUAUCUUUCUAAUAGUAGAGAAAGGCUUUGAUUCGGAGGUCUACAAGACGGCCCGAGCACUGCGUAUCGUACGCUUCACCAAAAUCCUCAGCUUGCUCCGUCUUCUCAGGCUUUCACGCCUCAUCAGAUACAUCCACCAGUGGGAGGAGAUUUUUCAUAUGACAUAUGACCUGGCGAGUGCAGUGGUAAGAAUCUUUAACCUGAUUGGCAUGAUGUUGUUGCUGUGUCACUGGGAUGGAUGCCUGCAGUUUCUGGUGCCUCUCCUGCAAGACUUCCCUCCUGAUUGCUGGGUGUCACUAAAUGGUAUGGUUAACGACUCCUGGGGAAAGCAGUACUCUUACGCACUAUUUAAGGCCAUGAGUCACAUGUUGUGUAUCGGGUACGGAGCCAGAGCGCCCGUCAGCAUGUCGGACCUUUGGAUCACCAUGCUAAGUAUGAUUGUGGGCGCCACCUGUUACGCAAUGUUCGUGGGUCACGCCACAGCCCUCAUCCAGUCUCUGGACUCAUCUCGACGACAGUACCAAGAGAAGUACAAGCAAGUGGAGCAGUACAUGUCCUUCCACAAGCUGCCGGCUGACAUGCGGCAGAAAAUCCACGAUUACUAUGAACAUCGCUACCAGGGAAAGAUCUUCGAUGAGGAUAGCAUCCUGAACGAGCUCAACGACCCGCUAAAAGAGGAAAUUGUGAACUUUAACUGUCGUAAGCUGGUGGCCACUAUGCCGCUGUUUGCAAACGCAGACCCUAACUUUGUGACAGGAAUGCUGAGUAAGCUAAAGUUCGAGGUCUUCCAGCCUAACGAUUACAUCAUUCGCGAGGGGACCGUGGGUAAAAAGAUGUACUUCAUACAGCAUGGAGUGGCCAGCGUCAUUACCAAAUUCAGCAAAGAGCUGAAACUCACCGACGGAUCCUACUUUGGAGAGAUCUGCCUGUUGACGAAAGGUCGUCGUACAGCUAGCGUCCGCGCUGACACCUACUGCCGACUUUUCUCGCUGUCCGUGGACCAUUUCAAUGAAGUCUUGGAGGAAUAUCCCAUGAUGCGCCGUGCUUUCGAAACUGUGGCUAUCGAUCGCUUGGACCGCAUCGGGAAGAAGAACUCACUCCUGCUCCAAAAAUUCCAGAAGGAUCUGAACGCUGGCGUCUUCAACACUCAGGAGAACGAGCUGCUGAAGCAGAUCAUCCGGCAGGACCGAGAGAUGGUGAUGAUGGUGGAUCGGAAGCAAUCGGUCACGGGGAUGAACUCCACGCCGAUGUCUGGAAACUCCAUCAUUAACUCUCCCGCCCAGCCACCGUUCAGUACAGCAACUGCCAUUCUUGGGAACAACCAAUUACAGCAGCAGGCCGCCCCACUAAGUUACAGCACCUCCGCUACUAUAACCCUGUCAGGCCGCAUGCCGCCCUCACAGGGCGUCACGUUUUCGGCACCAAGCGUUUCUCACGGCAACUUGAGCACCUCUUCUGCAAAUCCCCCUACUCCCUUGCAGCAGCAAACAGGGGCAAUCAUGUCUCCUUGUUCGUUCACCACAUCCAUUUGCAGUCCCCCAGUGCAAACCCCUAUAGCCAGCCGAACAUUCCAGUACGGAUCACCGACGGCCUCCCAACUGUCCCUUGUACAGCAACCCUUAUCCCAGCAGCCCUCGCCUGCUUCCAUACCUCAACAACCGCCACAACAGCCGCAGCAAUCAAAAGGGGCGUCUCCUCAGAGGAGUGAUGUCCACAAUAGCGCACAGGUGCUCCAGUCAGGCAACCUGAGCAAGGACAUACGCCACCUCUCUGCCUCGCAGCCAUCACUGCCCCACGAGACCUCAUUUGCUGCCCGGGCACAUCCCACAUCGGGCGAAUCACUCGCUUCCAUUCAGUCACCCAUUGGAUCCGUGGCAGGCGUCCAGGCCCCGGGCUCUGUCCUGCAAAGCGGCAUCCGCACCAACGUUCCACAGAGGGUUGCCCUUUUCCGGCAGAUGUCAUCGGGCGCAUUACCACCGGUGCGCCCGGCGCCCUCUAGUGCUCAGCACAGGGAUUCCACAGGCUCCAGGAGAGAGUCGGCAGUCUUAAGCAGUACAGAGACGGAACAAGACAAGAUGCGGUUCGCAUCAAAUUUAUGAUCCUGUUUUAUGUUUUUUCAUGUUCAUUUUUUUUUAAAGAUAAUUUGAGUGAUUUUUAAGGAGAGACUAAAGAAUGUGGAAAAGACUUUCCUCCAACUUCCUCUGAGAAAAAAAUAACCUCAUAGCUAUCCUGAACAGAAUUUCCUUAUACUAUAUUUUAGACACACUUCCCAUUCAACUUAAGAAUGUAUAUUGUACAAAUAUAUAUGAGCAAAUCCAACUAGAAUAUUUGGUAUUGACCACAUGAGAAAAAAACAACAACUCUAGUAUAAACACAAGUCUUCCUCUCUAACAUAUGUGACUAUAAUGUGUCUGAAGAUGUUCAUUCCUGUUGAUAUUUUCCUUACAGUCUGGAUUUUUUUUGUUAUUGUUUUUGUUACUGGAAUGCUUCUGAAUGUGUUUUAUUUACCAUCUUUGUUCUCAACGAGAUGACAAAACAAGUCCAGCAUUCAGCAGCUUUUGGCAUCACUGUGGAAAAUGUUUGUGCAAAUCGAACCUGGGAAAUACUGAAUUGUUUAAAAAGCACAUCUAAAACUUUUAGCGGCUGGAAAAAAAAUUAUAUUAGAAAAUGCUCAGAGCAUCAAAUCAAGGUGCAGUUUCGAUCUCUGCAAUACUUUGUGUUGUGCAGUAAUUCCGUUGGGUUUCAAGACAGCAUUUGUGCAUUAAAGGGAAUGUAUUUUUUUUUCUUUUAAUUUUUUACAAAGGAUGCGUGGUCAAAUUGGAUGGUUUUAUUUUAUAUAUCGGAUUUAAGGACAAGGAGGACAUUAUGAAAUGUCACUUAAAGACUGUACAUUUACUGUACAAUAUUUAUAAAACUAAAGAUAAUCACCAUUAUGCAAUAGACUGUGAUAUAAAGAUUACCUAUAUGUGUGUUGUACAUAGUUUUGUAGAACUAGUAUUUACAAAAGUAAUGUGUGGUGCAUUUCUCAAACAUGGCAAUGUCUUAUCUCUGUCAGCCGCCUGGGUAAUGCCUAUACUGAAUAUGCAUAUGCAUAUAUAUAUAUAUAUAUAUAUAUAUAUAUAUAUAUAUAUA